AUGUUCAUGACUUUGCGCUGCGGGCGCGAUGAUGGCGACGGCAUCCAAUAUCUGGAGACGAGCAAUCGACCGGCUCGGCACGACAAGAGCCUAUCGACCUCGGCUUGCGUCACUUGUCGUCAAAAGAAGCUCGGAUGUAGUCGUGAGAAAACAGGUUGUCGACGGUGUCAGAGCCAAAAGUUGAAAUGCGUAUAUACGACAUCGGAGAAGAUGCGGGGCAAGAAGUCUCAACGGCAAUCACAGCAAACAAACGUGGAGGUUAACGAUGAGCCAUUCCCGGACAUGGAACUCGUCCCUGCUCCAGUGCAAGAGGAUGAAAUGGAUAUCUCAGAGCAUUCGUUGAGUUCCGCGGGACCUCAGCGACCGUCAGCAGCAGGGGCUCUGCCCAACUUUGAGCAAUUGGAUGGGGUGUAUGUGAGCAGCGGUCAACCAGAGCAACUGGGCUUCUUGGGGGCUAAUCAAGCCAGUGCCACCAAGUCAAGCACAUCUUCCGCAACUGAUCAUGCGGCGAUCGUAGCGUCGGGGCCUCCGCGAUCAGAAGGACCCGAGUUAGAGUUGUCAGACGGAACCUUGCCGAGUUUCGAAAUGUCUUCCUCAGACGAGUAUUCGUCAACAUUGAGCGACGACUUCUUCACAGAAUUGUUGGAACCGUUUAGCGUUAACGAGGAGGAAUUAUCCAGUUCCCAUGGAGCAGGAAAUCAAUUCAGCUUCAACGACCUUGAUCCACUUCCCGCGCAUUUCUCCUCCCUAGAUCCCACCAUGAACCCUCACUCCAUGAUCCACGACGGCUCUGCUCAAGAAUGCUCCAUAAAUUCGCUUAACAGGGGUUCUCCGCAGGGAGCCAUGGAUCUGACCGCUACAAACAACUGUGAAUGCACAGGAACUGCGCUGCGCAUCCUGGAAAUGGUAGUGGUGCCAGUGAAGGGAUCAGAUUGGAGUUCAACGGAGCAAAAGCUAUACUACUUGAAGCGUAACAUCACUCAGUGUAUUGCACUGUCCGGAUGUGAUAGCUGUACACAGGAUUCAGGAUAUGCUAUGUUGGUGCUGGUUGUAUACGAAAAGAUUAUGAUUACCCUCGAAGAGGUGGUCAGUUGGUGGAAAAGACACCUAGAUAACCCUGUGCGAGUGGCAAACAGUGACUCUAAGCGUGGCAGGGGCUUUCCCCAUGAACUGCGCAAAUCGGUACACCUGCGCACUGGCAUUGGGGCACAGCAGCCGCACAUGUCAAUUGGGCCUUAUCAGAUUGACACGAUGGAAGAACACUCCAAUGUGCUGGGGACACUGAUUCUACUGCAGCUCCGUCGCGUGGUGCCUCUUGUGAUGACCAUGAAGCGCUGUAUCACGAGUGCCAAGUGGGAGGCGCAUUUAGAGCUGUUGAAGAUACUGAACUAUAGGAUCAGGCAGCUCCAAGCGACCCUGCAAGGGUGA